GAAAAUUUUGAAAAAUAUACCGCUAAAAAUUAUUGUGUAAAAAAAGCACUACCUUUAAAAAAACUGCAUACAAAAUACCAGAUUAAAUUGUUAAACAAAUUCCAAGUCCCCAAUCUAUCAAAAAAAGUUUCCUUGCCAGGUAAAAAAGAGUUUAAAUAAAGGGGCUUAAGUGGGCUAAGUUCGUUUUUUCAUCGGUAUGGCACGCUGAAAAGGCGCCAUUCUUAAGAAGCGUCCCUCCAUUUUUUUUAAACUCCUAAAUAAUUACAGCUCGACGUCAUAAUGCAGCGCCACAGGGAAUUAUAUAAACAGCAAUCACUUGCUUUCAGCCCACGCAAUUUCAAUGAGCAGAACCGGGAACUCCAGAAUGCGGCGCGUGCAAAACAGCGCGAGAAUCGUUUUUAAAGCAACCGCAUUAUUAGUGUUAGUCCAACUCCCAUCAAGCGUGCGGCACCUAUACCGCCCUCAGAGGAGGCGCAGCCACGCCUUACCUAUGUCGCUCCUCCUAAGGAGAAUCGAAAACCAGAGCUGCCUCAGCAGCAGAGGAAACCCACCCGGGACCUUUACAUAAAGCGCUUCGUGGAUUGGAAGGCUGCCAGGAAGGAACAAACAAAGAACGAGCAAAUUGCUCGUCGUGGUCAAAAGAUGUGCACAUAUAAAACCGAAACACUUACACCUGCGACAAACCCCCAGAAAGAGCAGGAGAACGCUCCGGCAUUUGUGCCGCCAAAAAGGCACUCCUUAUAUGUUUUGUCAAAAAAAACUCAGUGUACGCAGACGGCAGCGGAGAGGAAACAGCCUUUGGCAACCCAAUUGCGUACCCAGGGUCAUCCAUCCAGAUUGCGCGCUCAGCCUGCGGCAACCAUGGCAAAGCUGCAACAUGCAACGUCGCGUCCUCAACCGGUCACUGUGAAGACCCAAACAUCAAACAUGAAACAUCAAACAUCAGCAAGGAAUGUCCAGCCAGCCACAGUGAAGCCUGCACCUUCACGUGCAUUGCCCUUGAAGCCUACAGCAGGCCCAAAGCCCAAGGCAGCGGAUUUGGUCGUUGGACCUUCUGCAAAUGGGGUUGUUCAUUUGCCAAAUGUGAGGACGCAACCAUUCGAAAAGCCGGCCGUGAGUAAGCCCACCUUAAAAAUACCAGCAGUGAAACCAAAGCCCAUUCAAGGAGGUGGCGGAGGGGGAGCUGCGGGAAAAUUUAAGUCGACCGCAGUAGCAAAAGGGCCGGCAAUAAAAAACAAGCUUGCCAGCCAAUUGUCGACCAGAAUGAAGGCCAAGAGCAACGUCAGCGCUGGAAGAGAAGAUAAGUUUCCCUGCUCUGGCCACAUUCACGCAGUGCAAGACGAACAAUUGCAGUCAAGAAAUGAUAGAAGCCUUGGGUGAGAUUUCAAAUCUGAGUCCAGUGGGUCCAAUGAGCAGCCACCGAGAUUCGAAAGCGAAGCGGAAAUUUGACUUUUCUAGGUACUCUUUGAUAAAAACGGCAGCUGAAGAGAGUUUGAUCUUGGAUCCAUAUCUGGCUAAGGAUCCAGAUGAUAAAGAACAAGAAAAUUCUACUCUGAAGGCAGCUGCGGAGCAAACCCCUCCUCGCAGGAUUUCCGAUGAGUAGCCCAACUACUUAAGUCCAUAUGUGAGCGUCUCGCGCGGUAAAGUCAACUCUCGCUGUGAUCGUGAGAAGCGAAACAGCAUGUAUUUGCCCGGUGAGGAGUAUCCUGUUGCCAAUCGGCGGGCCCUCGAGUUGGUGCUCUACUUUCGCAUACAGCUGGAGAAUGAGAUUCGACGACUGCGAGAUAUCUGCAGCGAGUGGGAAGCCUAUAGCAGGGAGAAUGAGGCGCAUCUGGUUGAGACGGGCGGCAUAGAUAUGAUCAAUGUGGCCAUUGGACAGACAAAUUUGCUCUCUACCAAGAAAUUGAUGCAGUUCAGCGGUCUGAUUGACCGUUGCGGGGCGUGAGCUACGGGCAAGAACCAUCGACCCUACGAUGGCAGCGAGGAGACGAAACCCGUCCAGGCAGAGGAUCUGGAACAUGCUGCGACUCCAGAGUGAGAAUGUUGACAAGCGCUUUGAUAACUUGAAGCGAUGGAAAAAGAACAAUUGGCAGGACCCCGAUGCAGUUGAGGAAUCGAAAAUACCAGCCAAGCCUGUGGCCAAACCAAAGUCUAAGCUGGGCAACAAUUUAAACGCUAAGCCCAAGGUCAAGGCCAGCAGUAACUUGAUGCAAUUACUCCGCAAGGCCCAUGCUGAAAUGAAAAAGGCUAAGGCGGAUGUGGUAUCAGCGGACGAUGCCCCGCAAACUCCAUCUCGCAGCAGCACUCAGCGUGUGAUCGUAGUACGCGACCGUCGGUCCUUCUCUCCUGCUCGCACCGUCCUGCGCAUGUCUGUAGGCGAGAGCCGUUCUUCCAAUGGUGGCAACACUCUGCUCAAGUCUGCUAUAUUGGCCGCAGCCGAACAAAACGCUCUUAAUCAUAUCCCCCCUCCCAAUAAGGGACGCCAGUCGAUUCUGAAAAAACCAGGGACCAGCAAGCGUGAAAGUCGUGGAGUUAGAUCUCUGUUAGAUCUCACUAUAAAACGUAUAUCUCAGAAUUUCGCCCCACACCCUUCCGCCCCCACAAAGGACGAAAAUCUGUUGCAUCCACAAUAUUGCACAUUCGAGAAAACUAAAAACGCAGAAUCAUAGAUAAUGACCAUAUCUAUCAAAUUGCUGAAUCAAGAUCAGAUUGGAUCAUUUUUGUAGCCAAAAGCAAGAAAUCAAUUUGCAGUGGCUACGCA